CUUUUUCCGGUCCGCCGGAUUAUGAAUGACGGCUGGCCUUGCUGUUUCUCACGCACGCUGUCUGUCGUUUGUCAGGCGUCCUUUGUGGUAGCGAGUGGUCCGCUGGCGAAGACUCCAGAAGCGGCCUGGAAUCCCGGCUCGGGCGGGGCGGGAAGGCGCAGGCGGCCCGCCUUGCCGAUACUUUCACGCACCCUCCCUGCCUGGCCGCGCCUCUGCGACCAGGUAACCCAAUGAAAGAAGAAAAUGAAAGGCAUUAAGAAAAGUCUUACAGAAGAAUAUCUAUACCUGGACUUUUCUCACCAAGUAGAAGGAUGCAUUUUUCCACUUCAUACAUCUGUAACUUUAUUUUUAUUAUCAUACUGCAACUGUAAAAUCUUUAAAGUUUGCUUAGUUCUCACCAGAGAAAGUACAGAUGUCUCGCUAUUUAAUAUGCUGUCACAAGAUGUUAAAAUACAGAUUAUUUCAAGGCAAGAACUCCCACCGAUAGUCCAGAAUUGCUGUUUACCUGCAGUUGUGGAAACACCAGACAACUUCUGUAGAGCGGGACUUGCUGUUGUACUGAGACACAUAAUACAGAAGUCAUAUGAAGCAGACCCCUCAAAGAAGGAAAUUUUGGAACUUCUGGGUUUUAAAAAGACUUGCUUGAAAGCCUGUGCUGAAGUUAGUCAGUGGACCAGGCUAUGUGAACUCACCAUCCCUUUAGCUAUUGAGAAAUUUCUCAAAGAAUCUUCUGACCAGUGCCCACCUAUCCCUGCAGAAAUACUACAGCUAGAGAAAAAGCUUAGCGAGCCUGUUAGAGUGCAUAACGAUGACAAACUCCGUCGGCAGAAGCUGAAGCAACAGAAGGCUGCCAGAGUGGGGCCUUCCCUUGCUAAGGAAAAAAUAAAGAGCAAGGUCCAUGGACAGGAAAUAUCUGAAGAGUUGGACUCUUCAUCCAGGAGCCUAGAACUGAAAGUGGCAUUCGCAAAGCUCACAGUACAAGAAGAACCAGCUACCACCAACAGAGAACCUUCUCACAUCAGAAAAGCAAAGGCCUCUGACCUUCCGCCUCUGGAGCAUGUGUUUGCAGAAGGCCUGUAUUUCACUUUGACAGAUAUUGUGCUCUUGCCCUGUAUACAUCAUUUUUUGCUAAUUAUCUGCAAGAAACUCUCUGAAAAGCUGGUAGAAUUUCCACUGCUAGCUGCUUGGUACCAGAGGAUUCAGGAAGUGCCAAGAGUAAAAACAGCAGCUUCUCAGUGUGGGAUCCACUUUUUCCACUUACCAGAGUUGCUGACCACCUCAAAUGAACUGCAUCCAAAUUUAAAUGAGGCCACAGGUGUAGAGGAACAAAAUGAACCUUCAUUUAUAGGAGGACCGAGACCCACUAUGACCAAGUUAAUGGAAAAAGGCAUUGAAGUGGUAUUUUCUCCUCAUCCUUCCCCUACUUGGACCCUUGAUUGGAACAGUCUUCCUGCAGCAGUGAGCCCAAAGGAAGGCAAAAUGUCCAGUGAUCGAGCCUUGAGGAAGCAGCAGCAGUUAAACAACCUUGUGUAUAUGGUGACAAAUCAGGCCAAACCUGGUGACAGAAUUGUGGAUUUCUGCAGCGGAGGGGGUCAUGUUGGAAUUGUGCUUGCUCAUAUGCUGCCAUUAUGCCAGGUUACAUUAAUAGAAAACAAGGAAUUAUCAUUAAUUCGUGCUAAGAAGAGAAGUGAUGAGCUAGGCCUAAGCAACAUUUGGUUUAUUCAAGCAAAUAUGGAGUAUUUUACAGGAAUGUUUAAUAUUGGGGUGGUGUUGCAUGCUUGUGGAGUGGCAACAGACAUGGUGAUUGAGCUCUGCAUCAAAACACGGGCUUCCUUUGUCACCUGCCCUUGCUGUUACGGUUUCAUUCAGAAUACCUCCAAGUUCAAUUUUCCAAAAAGUGAACAAUUUAAGAAAACUUUAUCAUACAAGGAACACAUGAUUCUGUGCAGAUUCGCAGAUCAGACAGCUGCCCAGCUCCCACCCCAGCGAAGGCUUAUAGGAAAACAGUGCAUGUGCCUGGUGGAUCUGGACCGAGCGAGAGCUGCAGAAGAACAUGGCUACUCCGUUCAAGUGAUAUCCAUGGAGCCAGAGAGCUGCUCUCCCAAAAAUAACAUGAUCGUGGGAGUCCCCAUUUAGAAUGAGACAUUCACAGUUGAUAUUUUGCCAUUUGUCUUCAUGAUGAAAGGCCAGUGGCAUUCAGGAGGUUCUUGGCAUAACUAGGAAACAACAUUAGCCAUCUUGAACCCAUUGUGCUCAGGAAGGAAAGCAGCAGGAAGAUCUUUGAAGAAAAGCUGCCUGCAAAGCAUUGCAAAUGCUUUUAUAACGUGUGAUUAAAAGACCACUGGUUUUCAUAGUGAGAAUCCCCUGACAUCUCAGCUGCCAGCAGAAUGAUACUCUCUAGUUGAGGUUCCAUCACUGGAAUAACAAUUUCCUUCUCAGUUCACAGCUUUUCUGAUCUGGCCAACGUGGUGUUCAAUUCAAAACAAUGUACUUGCAGCCUUUUUAAUCAUUGAGAUAUUCAAGUGGAGACCAAACCUAGACUCA